AUUCCAAAAAUCCUCUACAUCGUUCUCUUCAAGAGGGUGUUAUCGCCAUCGCUAGAGAGGAGAGAAAGAGGGAUCAUCCCCCACUCUCGCGCUCCCGCGUCGCCUUGACGGGGCCUAGGAGGAGCGGCGGGCCUCAGUCGAACGCUUCAGUAGCGUGACGAGCGUCGAUCCGUGCGGUUCUCCGUUUCUCGCGCUCUCGCGUGCGCCGACUCUUUCCUCCCGAUCGCCGUCCGUCGUUCUCACUCCUCCGUCUCUACGUCGCGUCCCUUUUUUUUCUCGCGGCUCUUUUACGUGUACUAUAAUUCGGCGAAAGAGCACCGAGGCGCGGCCGAAUCGGAUCGAAUCCUGUCGAGCCGGGACGAGACGCGCGCGCUUCUGUGCCAUCGAUACGCUCGACCGGACCAGCUUAGGAAGCCAGGGAAGCGGGACUUCUUCGUGGAGAGAGAGAGAAAGAGAUAUUGAGAGGCUACUUUGAGCAGAUUUUGGUAACCGAAUUCGUUCAGCUACAUCAGUACGAUGCAGAGCAACGGUUCGGAAAAUGUAGGAUCCGAGAACGGUGUCGACAAAUCAGGAUGGACAGUUGGAUUGAUAAACGGAAAGUUCAAGUAUCUAACGGCGGAGACAUUCGGUUUCAAGAUUAACGCCAAUGGUUCGAGUUUGAAAAAGAAACAAUUAUGGACUCUGGAGGGCAGCGAGCAUCAGGUUUUCCUUCGUUCGCACUUGGAUCGAUAUCUAGCGGUCGACCAGUUUGGUAACGUGACAUGCGAGAGCGAGGAUUCAUCGGACCCAGGAUGCGCUUUUCAAAUAACACUCGCUUCUGAUGGUAGCGGACGAUGGGCGUUGAAGAAUAUUCAGAGAGGCUAUUUCUUAGGCUCGAGCCAAGAUGAAUUAAAGUGUACCGCUAAGGCUCCGGGCGAGGCAGAGUACUGGCUUGUACAUCUUGCCGCCAGACCGCAGGUGAACCUCCGAUCGGCCGGAAGGAAACGUUUCGCACAUCUAAGUGCCACUCAAGAUGAGAUUCAUGUAGACGCGCCAGUGCCCUGGGGUGAGGAUACUCUAUUCACAUUAGAAUUUCGUCCAGCGACCAUGAAUGACGAUGAUAGUCACAAGGAUCGUAAGUCUGAGGGCGGUCAUUAUGCGCUGCAUACAUGCAAUAAUAAAUACCUCGCACGUGACGGCAAAUUAUUGGACGCUUGCACACGAGACUGUCUAUACGCUGCGGAAUUCCACGCUGGUCUUCUGGCUCUUCGGGAUAUACAUGGUGCGUACUUAGCACCGAUUGGCAGUAAAGCUGUUUUAAAAUCAAGAUCAACGACUGUUACACGCGACGAGCUUUUCUCUUUAGAGGAAUCUCUGCCACAGGCGUCAUUCGUCGCGGCGUUGAACCAGCGAUACGUUUCCGUGAAGCAAGGCGUCGACGUGACGGCCAAUCAGGACGAGAUCUCCGGCCACGAGACAUUCCAGUUGGAGUUCGAUCGGGUGACGAAACGAUGGUACGUGCGAACGAUGCAGGAUCGUUAUUGGAGCCUGGAAGCCGGCGGUGGUAUCCAGGCGUCCGAUCACAAGCGCUCGUCAAACGCGCUCUUCGACCUGGCGUGGCAGUCGAGCGACGGUACCGUCGCGUUGCGUGCGAACAACGGCAAGUUCCUGGCGACCAAGCGAUCCGGUCACCUCUACGCAAACGCCGACUCGCUGAACGGCAACGACUCUGACGCUGCCAAGUAUCAUUUCUACCUGAUGAACCGGCCUGUGCUGGUGCUACGAUGCGAGCAGGGCUUUGUCGGACCCAAAGGCGCGGCCAGUACCAAGCUUGAGUGCAACAAGGCCGUCUACGAGACGAUACGCGUCGAACGGUGCGAGCGCGGCGUGGUUAGAUUUAAAGGACAAAACGGGAGGUAUUGGCACGCGGAUAGCGAGGGAGUAACCGUAGAUUCAGACAUGCCAUCCGACGGUUUCUACCUGGAGCUGCGCGAGCCGUCACGAAUCUGCAUUAAAUGCGUGGACGGCCGAUAUCUCACUGCAGGCAAGAACGGCGCCCUGCGUUUAGGCGAUUCAGACUACGAGUCCGCCACGAAAUGGGAGUUUUAAAUGCGGGCAAUAUUAUAUAAAAUGACGUAAAAGAACGAUGCAACGAGCAAGAUUUGUACUCCACUGCCUCCUCAGCUUUGGUCGUAACUCGCACAAUAUCGUACCCCUUCGAAUAACAGUGGCAAGAGAUUCGCAGUUUGGGUUUAAUUCCCCUGCGAACGUACUUAAUUAAUUCAGCAUACAGCGUCGAGCAAUCAACAUAGACAGUUCACAGUGUAUUGUACGUACGAUUUUCUUGUUUCAGAUCUCGGUAAAACGCUUUGUCAAUCUACAAUAUAUUUAAGACUGACGCGAUAAACGAUUUUAUCCAAGUAACUAAAAGUCCAAGACUGACUUGAAUACUUUUUAUAAUUAUCUAUUUUAUACGUAAUACACAAACUUUUAUAUCUGUAUAUUGUAAGUACAACUUGCCACAUUGCGAGCUCGAUUUUAUAUCAAUAUUUUUUUGUGUAUUAUUCAUAACUGAUUUUUUUAUU